CUUUGUCAUAUCCACACGACAAGGGAAUGGCAUCUUCUUCAGGCCCGAGGCGGGCUUGCAAGCUAUGUCGCCGCCGCAAGGUCAAGUGUGAUGGAUUGCCGACUUGCAGCAAUUGUCGAGCCGCAGGGGCCGCUUGCCAGUAUGCCCCUCCGAGGAAAAGAGGUCCCAAACCUGUUCGGUACUGUGGCAGUAUCUCAGACGAUACCCCAACCCCAAUAUCACCAGCCACCUAUCCAUCCGAGAUCCUCGACGAUUCACCCCUCUCCUCUCCAGCGACCUGCCUACAACCAGCCACACCUACAGCUGUGAGCCAGGCCCAGCACAGCAGUAUCAGCAGCAGCCAAGGGUUGAGACCAGAAUCAUUGUCGGAGACUCGGACUGAAGCUGCUGUCAGAAUUUAUCUUGACCUCCUGACAGGGCUGCAAAACUCUGCCUCAGGUGAAUCCUCAGCAUCCAUUGCUCAUCGGUGCAUCUUCCUAUAUACUCGCUAUGUGUUCGGGUCUGUCCCUCUUUGCCAUGAAGCCUCACUGCGAGCAACAGUCGGUCGAUUCUUUGAGGUAGAACAACACUCGCCUUGUGAAGAUGCCCUCGACAUUUACAGACGGACACUGGCCUGCCUGUCAUCUGAAAAUGAGUAUAGUGCGAUAGAGAAGCUCAGGAGUCUGACACUUCUCCUAGCCCUGUGUGCGGCUGUGUCUUAUGCUGUUCCAGAGUCUCUGUUGCCGACUAAACAUCUCACAGCGCCACUAUUCGUCAAAACAACGCGAGAGCUACUUCAUCUCUACCACGACUACGAUCUCGAGCACCCUGAGUCGUCGUCGCUCACCAUCCGCAUGUUCUUGUCAUCGGCUAUACAAACCUCUACAGGCACCAACGGUGUGGCCUUUCAUAUCUUGAACGAAGCGGGUCUAAUUGCCAUGAGAAUGCGUCUGUACUGCGAGGCCUCUCUUGAGGGAAGAGACCCGAUCGAGCAGCAGAUCCUCCGAAACGCAUUCUGGCAGUUAUACGUGUGCGACAAGACCGUCUUGGUAAUGGGAGGCCGUCCCGUUUCCAUCCAUGAGACUUUGUUCGACACCCAGCUAAGUCUGAAACCAAGUUCACCAAGCCCAGUGACGCUCUUUGAAUAUGGUCCGGAACUCGACGGUGCCGAGAUAGAAGGCCGUCUGUUGGAGGGUUUCCAUAUCAUACGUCGUCUAUGGGCCAUGGCUGCACGAGUCAUUCGAGGGAUGGAGUCAAGAUCCAUCGGGCAUACAGAUAAAUUCACGGAGCUUUACGAAGAAGACAUGGCUGAUCUAUCAAACGCAUACUUCGAGGUAAUCACACUAACAAACUGUUUCCCAGGCUGGGAUCUGUCACCAGCUGCAUUGUCACCCGACACCGACUGUCGAGAGAUAGACAAAGGUCUAGAUGACGUUCUACAGAGACAAAAGACCAGUUAUCUGAUUUCACUCCACUCGAUCAAGCUCUUUGUGCUAAACUCUGCUAUCUCAUGCAACAUGACCCAGAUUGUGGGCCUAAGCGCAGCGCCUCUGUCUCUGGCCAUGAGAAUAAUAGAGCUGGCUCAAGAUUUCUUCAACGUCCUUGAAACCAUCCCAUUCCUUCAUCUCCAAGCUGAGGGGGAACAAUGCGCAGAAAAGAUAAGACGUGUUGGCAGUCUACUGCUCGAACUUGCACAUAAUUACGAUGAGGAAGUUGUUACGUCCCGGGCAAGCCAGUGCGUGCAGCGUUCGGUCAACCUGCUUGUUCGGCUAAAUUCAAAGGCUUCUGAUGGCGUCGGUGGUUUAAUAUAAUAAUUAGCCUUCUUGAUUUGUACAUAGCUGUAGUCGAGGAAUGUGACAUCUCCAUUUCUGUCGUCACCUUGACGAAACUAGAAGAAUGACGGUCGAUGAGCUCUCGCUCAAGUGAUCAGUAUGAAUAUGAUUAGGAAUAGAAACAGUG